UCAAAACCUGUCGGUCUGCAUUCCAGUGUGCUGGUGGACGCCAAGCGUCGUGUUCUAUAGGAAAUCGAACCGAUCGAGACUCACCAACGAUUGCCGAAAAGAAAAAUGAAGUGAUUCACCGGUACGAAAUAUAACAAACCCAUCGUUUCCCUCCGCGAGGAGCAUCGGCAGCAAGUUCACGGGAAAUUCAAAGGAUCUGAAACGGAAGGAUCGUGCAGCCGGAUCGAAAGAAAAAGGAAUGUGUCAAGAUGCGACCAGUGCCCUCCCUAUGCGGCGUCGUCACUGCUUUGCUACACGUCCUAGCCAGCUUUGCUUACGGGCAAAGGCAAGAGGUAGGCAUGUCCUUUACCAGACAUCCUCAACCUCUGGAUGCACCGCUGGGCGACGACGUGAAUUUCGAGUGCAACCUGAACCUCGCUCCUGAGCGAUUCUCGUGGCGCCAUAGGCCGUUGGGUUCAGACAAAUGGUCCCAUAUGCCCAACAACGGUGGCAAAACCUCUCGCUACGUAGUGAAUUUCGAUAACGAAUCGAAAGCUGGCGAUUACCGCUGCAUAGCCUUCUACGGUACCAGUGGUUUAGCAUCCGAUCCUGCACGAUUAACGCUCGCCACGCUACACAAGUUCACCGACAAGGCGGAUGUCGUCGUAAACGUUGCAGCUGGAAAUACCGUACCGAUCACGUGUCCCGUGCCUUACUCAGCUCCGGAGGCUAUAGUUCAGUUCUACAAGAACAACAACCCCAUACAAAAUACAAAUGGCAAAACCAUGGUCAUCGAGAACGCCAAGCCACAAGACAGUGGGACUUAUCAUUGUACUGCUAGCAAUUACAUAACCAGUCAAAUAUACACCAGCAAUCACAAAACGAUACUGACCGUGCACGCGAAUCAUAAAUUGCAAGCUCCCUACUUCAUCAAGCAGCCACAAACAGAGUACAAAGUCCAGCGGGACAAAAACGUGACUUUGGAGUGCUUUGGCGGCGGUUAUCCCGUGCCUGACGUCACGUGGAUCAAGUUAGGUAGUUCGUUGCCUACAAAUUCUGUAAAAACUGUAACGGGAUUGACGAUAAUGAACGUCCAACCAGAUGACCGAGGCGAAUACGACUGCAUGUGGAUCAGCAACGGCAGGCACAUCAGAUCCGUGAUCAUAUUGAAAGUAAUGGAAGCACCGAAAGUGAUCAAGUUUCCAAAGGCGUCCACGUUCUCCGAGGGUGGAGAGUUGGAGCUUUUUUGCUCUAUAACUGGCGAACCACAACCAAAGGUCGAGUGGCUGAUCAAUGGGGAGUCUUUGAUACCCAGCGACAGUUUGGAGAUCAAAGGUUCCAGACUUUUCAUCUCCGAGGUCGAGAAAAGACACGCUGGCAUCGUACAAUGCGUCGCGAGCAACGAGUACGGUUCCGACUCUGGCUACAAUUUAUUGAAAGUAAAUCCGAAGCAACAUAUGGGCACAACCGAAUCGCGACCAGACUACGGGAUUCCUAAUUCGAGACACAAGCACACGAGAGAAGGAGGGAGGAGACGAAGCAAAGAAGGGAAGCGAAAAGGCACUGCAGUGCUGGUGCCACCGAAUCAACCCAACGUCACGAGACUAUCGGACGUGUCCGUGAUGGUGAGGUGGUCCGUGCCCGAGAACACGGGAUUGCCGAUCGAAUUCUUCAAGGUUCAGUACAGAGAGCUUGGACAGAAGAUGAACGGAAAGCAGGCGAAAUGGAUGACCGCUAACUCGGAGAUAUCGAAGCAUGUGCGAUCGUUCGAGGUGACCGAUUUACAGCCCGAGCAUACUUAUCGAUUCCGUAUCGCCGCGGUUUACAAGAACAACGACAACAAACCCAGUCCCAAUUCCGUGCGGUUCUAUCUGCACAGAGACAGAGGAACCGAGCAUAAAAAGAUGCCGAUACCACUGUUAACCAACACCGAAGCUCUAGGACCGCAACAAGUGCUGCUCGUUUGGCAGAAUCCCGACCACACGGCGAACAUAGACGGUUUCUACGUCUACCAUCGUGCCUCUACCUCUGCGGGCGACUAUAUAAAGACCACGGUCGAGGGGAAGAACUCCUGCAACAUAACCAUAUCUCAUUUGCAACCCGACACGACCUACGAGUUCAAGGUACAGAGCUUUUCGGUGGACGCAGCUUCGGAAUUCUCGCAGAUUCUACGACAAAAGACGAAGAAGCAGAUGAUCGAAUCUAACGAUCACGAUAAUCGUAAAGAUCACGGUAGUAAUAUAACGUUGGACAGUCGGGUGGGACCAGCGGACGAUAGAAACGCUAACAUGUACGCCAUCAUUGGCGGCGUUCUUGGCGGAUCCACGCUGUUGGGUGGUUUGAUAGCAGUCGCGGUGGUGUACAAGAGGACAAAACGCAAACAAAGUCGAGAAUCUUCACAGAGCGAAGGCAAACCGAUAACAAACGGAAGAGUUAUAAACGGUGGAGUAACCGACUCGAAAAUAAACAUAACAUCGAAUCCGCUCGCUGGUCUCGAUACGUCCGAAGAUAUAAUACAGCCUAAGGUCGGUAUUUACUAUUCGAUAUUAAGGAGACUAGUCUUUUCUAGCUUUAGCGUUGAUCGCGCGUGCUGCUCUUUAAUUCUACUCGCUCUCUGCACUUCUCUCUGGAGCCGCUUUUCUUUCGUUAUUUUUCCAAACACCACACACGUACGUUACCCCUUCACAACACGCUCACUGAGCCGAUCUGAAAGAAGCGAACGAACACGCAUGUUUCUAAACAGAGCGGGCAACAACAAUCGCCGAUGGAAAUGGCCUCGUUUCUAAACGGGCAAAACAACAACAGCAACAACCAUAACAACAGUGACACAGCUGGAACUGACGUGAACACGUCAUACACUGAGCCCCCUCUGCUCCAGGGAUCACUGCCUAUCGAACAACCUCUGUGAACAGCAACCAUAGUGUCGAAAAUCAGUUGUCCUUCCAGGACACGUGUGUUGAUUAGAAUUCUGGCUACUUGUCCAACUUUUCCGUAUUCGAAUACUCAACUAUCGCAACGAUUCAUAUAUUUGCCGAGUAUAAUCCGAAUACUAUUCGAAUAUGUAUGUAUAUUCAAUUCUUCGGAGAUUAUUCGAACAAGUACUCGAAUAUUCGACGUUUAUUAAAUUAUUCAAGUAGUCCCAGCACUACGUAGCGUCAGUGUCGCGACAGAUCGUAACGGUUCUCAUUGUAUGCAGGAAGAAGCGAUAAAGACGCGCGAACACGUCCCUUCGACAUGCUUUUUAGUGAGAUUUAUAACUUUUCUUAUAGACUUUUAGUCACCUUUAAGUAUCACAUCGAACAAACUAUUACAAGACAUUUUACAGGUUGUCGUAAUAGGUAUGCUCAAAUAUUUCGAAUAAUUACUAGACACGCGCUCGAUCGAGGAACGUAUCCGACACAUUCAAUUCUACGUAUUGAAUUUUGCGCCCGAUACUUUCUUAACUCUUCUGUCUCGAAUCCACUUUUAGAAUAAGCAAGAACGUUUUACAUAAAAAAUACUAGCCGGUACCACGACGAGGCGCAUUUUUUGCGCAAAAGAAUUUAUUGAAAACUAGUCGAAGCAAUUGUUUUUGACUCGCAAGCCAAGUUGUUGAACGAACGUAUUGUUUUCGACUGUUGCAAUAACGCAACUAAUGACUCACCGUAAACAAAAAGAAUUAGAAUUACAAAAUCUCGCUACUUAUCGUAUCUUCAAACGUUAAUGACGUCAAAUGGAAUCAUCGACAAGUUUAUACAUGAAUUAUUAGGCAUUCCAAGGCAGAACUAACGUAUAUUAUCAAAUAUUGGAAAAUCUAAUGAAAAGUUUAUAUGUGAAAGACCAGGUUUAAUCAGGUAGGUAAAAUGAUUGGGACAGAAAGGGUUAAAGAUCAAGUUAGCGAAUAGGAGAUUUGUGCUCGACUGCAAAGUAUGUUUGUUGAAAUUUGUACCUGCUCGAUAAAUCAUUUUUUUUACACUCUUUGUGUACCCGUCGACUUUUCUAGUUGACGAUGUUCAAGUGAAUUUGAACGUAAUUAAAUCUUUGCGAAUCACGCGAGCUCAGAACUGACGAAUCAUUUGUUUUGUUUUGUUCUCUUUUGUGACGUUUAACUCUUGUCAUCGCAUACGCGCGCAGGUUUUAUAUUAAUUUUACACCAGGCAGCUUUUAAAGUUAUCUACGUUUCCUAAUUUAAAUUAACUAGCGUCCAUUAUUUUAUUUUGUAAAUACGCGGAAUACUAGUAGUUAUGUCGUAUUAAGAUGCGAAUGAAAUUGUGCCUGAUGAGAAAAGAUAGCUGUGCAAUGUGUUUUAAAUAUUAUACACGCACGUUUUUCUUUUUUGUGUUAUCGAUGAUAUCGAAAGUGUUUGAAAAUUUUUGGAUCGUUGAUAUGACGUUACUCUUGCUAACUAAACUCCAUGAAUAGAAAGAGUAUAUCAUUGUUUCGGUUCAUUAUCAACGUCGAAAUUGGCAGCAAAAUCGAUUUUCGUCAAAUUAGUACUGCAUUAGUAUUAAUCUUACACGAACAAACGUUAUAGAAUAAUAGAAGUAAUCGAAUCAUACGUUGCUAACAGUAUUUGUCACGUAAUAUCACGAAGUUAACUUGCAAUAACAGUAUUCUUUUGUAGCUCCGUGUUAGAUGCAAUAAUUCUUUGGUGAUCGAUAUUCCUGACGUUAGAUCCUGAUGUAAGAUCUAACAAACGAAAGCCCUAUGAUUUAUUAGUUGGAAUUUCGAUAUCAGAUGACGCGACAACGAACAACUUUGUAAAUAAGUAUUUGUACAAUUUUUCGACUCUACGUCAUUUUAUUACAUAUAUAGGAUCUAUCUAUAUAUAUUUAUGUAUACGUAUUUUUAACGUGAAGUUAAUUAUUUAAAUCUUUUGUACUUUCUGAAAGCAAUUACAGCUAUCUGUGGCGUAAGGAGAUCAAUUUGUGAGUGAACGAAGAAACAAAUUUUUGUAUAUAUUAGAAUGGGUCAGAUAUUAAGCAGGAGCAUAUGUGCCUUACAUCUUGCCUACACAAAAGAAUGUUAAGAUUAAUUAUUUAUAUAUACCUAUGUAUGUAUAUCGACAUUUUAUGUACUUAAUUUUUUUAAUAAACAUCGCUAAAAACACUA